UGUGAAUCUCAUCAAAAUGCGAAUUUGUGUGCUGCAAUCAUCAUAUGAGGGCUCUGGUUCCGAUCUCGCGGAAGUAGACGACGAGCCGUCUAAUCUGGGCGAUUAUACCUCCCAGCACACAUUUGAGAAUCGACUUAUUCAUUUGAAAACGGCGAAUGAAGAAAUCGAUGCUUUGGUAGCCGAAGGGUUCGAUUUCUAUAUCAACUUUCUCUGGGGCUCAUUGGAUGACCCAGUGGCCGGGAUACAAGCCAGUCAAUACUUCGAGUCGCUGGGCGUCCCCUCCGCUGGUGUUCGGAGCUGGGAGCGCUCUCGAAACAAAAAUGCUUUCUACGAAAAUGCUAGAAAACGUGGGGCACCACGUGUGCCUGGCACGAAGCAGUUCCCUCUGUUUGUUAAGCCCGCAAAUGGCUGCGCGAGCCUGAUGAUCGACGAAAACUCGGUCUGCAACAAUGAGGAUGAGCUCACCGAUGCGCUACGCCGUAUCAACAAGCAGCUGCACCCGUUUCGCCUUCAGAGGGCGAAAGCCCUCGGCCUGCCAGACCCUGGGCUCAGAGCCCACGCGGAAUCACAUCAUCCGGCGACAUUACAUAGCGAUGAUAUUGUCAUUCAGGAAUAUAUCGAGGGACGCGACUAUGGUGUCACAGUGAUUGAAAUGGGUGCUUCUGCGCUUGCCUUGAAUCCUUACGUUAUGAGGACUAAGGCCGUGUCCCAAAAGAAGAAUAUCCUGACGUUUGAUCUGAAGUUUGACCCCGAAACACGGGUGGAGCUUAUAAAGAGAAACGACAACCCCACUUUGUUCGACCAACUUCAACAAGCGGCCUUGGAGGCGUUCGAGGCAGGCAUGUUUCGAGGUAGCCACAUGGGAUGCGAUGUCGACUUCCGGGUUCGCCCUAACGGAGAGGUGUUUGUCAUUGAGGCGAACCCGCAGCCAGCAGAUUUCCUACCGCAAGACUCCAAUUUUCAAGACCUACCGAUUAGUGAAGGACUUCCGGGAGGACACAUGGCCGUGGUCAAUGUUUUUAUUGCAAAUCACUUCCUGCGCCAUGGCGCGCCAAAGGGGUCGUCUAAGGUGGCCGACGCCUAUGACAGCAUUGCCCACAAGUAUGACGGUGACGGCGACACGCACAGCCAGGACAAGGCAAACUUCGAACACAUUGUGAAGUGCUUUGAUUUCACAGGCUCUGUAUUGGAUAUUGCGUGCGGAACGGGGUUUUUUGGUCGCAUCCUUGCGGCCAAUAGGUCACAGAAAGACUACAGUCUAGUGGGCUUUGACAUAUCUGAGGAAAUGGCGAACAUAUGCCGGGAAACGAAAAUCUAUGACGAGGUCUACAUUGAUGGCAUGCAAACCUGCCUGCUCAAUUACCGCAACCAGGAUGAAAUAGAUCAUAUUAUCUGUUUCGGAGCAGCCCACUUCCUUUCCCGAGAGGGUUUCACCUUUUUCAUGGUUCUAUGCUUCGUUCUGGCAAAGAAGUCGAUCACUAUUGCGAUUGACGAAAUACCGGAUACCUAUAAUGAGCACCUUCGCCAGAUUGGUCAUGGCCAUAUGCACUCUGUCAACCACCUUGAAACCAUGGAGGGAUUCAAAGAGCCCCGUGGAUGGCGCCUGGUCAAUCGCCAGCGCCAGUAUUCGUGGACGUCUCCUACCACGGGGGAUGAUGUGUUCAGUACCUUCUUCAGGUUUGAAAGGACGGAUGAAAAGGACAUCAAAAUCUUGAAAUAUUUGGAGGCGAAGUGA